CUCUGGGUAAUGCCAGAAAUAGCCUAACGUGUCACUUCAAAUCAAGGAAUCAAACAUGGAGGGAACAUAAUGCAAAAUGGAGGCUGUAAAAGCACGGAAAAAACACCGCAACAAAGCCAAAGUGAGAGCUCCUGCUCCUCCAACGACAAGCAGAGCUACAGAGGAGGGGACAUCCACCGAAGGGGAAUUACAGAAAGCAAAAGAAGUGACGGGUCAUGAGAAUAGAACUGCUGAGAAUUCAAGCUACCCAUCGAUUGCGUCGGAAAUUUCUAGUGUAGCGAGAGAGUCACGGGAUGAAGAUCUUUUAAAAUGUGAUGAGGUUACAAUUAAUUCCAAAGACGAAGAAACACAAAAAGAAAACGGUAACAAAAUAAUAAUAGAUGAAAAAUCUAGAGAAAAACAGCAGUCGGAUAACUCAAACCUCCAGGAAAUACAAGGAGAUAAAGACACUGAAAGUUGUACAUUAGGAGAUGUCGACGUCAAAACAACAGAACACAUCUCGAAUAUGUCCACAAAUAUUGAAUGCUCAGAAGGCAAUGUUGCAGGCAACAAAGCACCUUUAGAGCAACAACAAGAAACAACUUUAGACGAUGCUGGUAAGACAUUAGUGGGAGAGAGUGCUGCCGAUUGUAGAGCGGUGUGUGAGAUACACCCAUCUGCACCACUCUUAGAGGGUGUCAGCGAUACUACAGAGGCACUCCAUUCAGAGUAUGAAGCAAUAAGAGUUGAAGACGGACACACUGUUACAGGAAUAGUGCAUGAGCAAGAGAAGAUGUACCCCAAACUUGAUUCAUUGAUUACUACAGAAAAUGAGUGUUUGAGAAAUGAUGGAAUGGUUGUAGCAUUUACAGAGAACCAGUUACAGAUGUUCUAUUUCAACCCACUUUUAAAAGAACUAGCGGGAUUUACAGAACACUUCAUCAAGAUAAGUAAACAAGAUGAUCAUGAGUUCUAUGCGCUUGUUAACGCAUAUUUCAAGAGCAGGAAUGCCUUAUCCAUUGCUUUAAAGGAAUAUGAGAUUGUUGAAAAAGAAUGUGAUGUGAAGAAAGAGCAUCUAUGGGUAAUUAAAGAGUUGAUGGUUUCUGCUCAGGGUAAAUGUAAAGAUAAUGUUACUGUUUCCCACAACCAGUCAUAUCAACAAAUUGAGUGCAAUCCCAUUGUGCCUGGCGAGAUAGAGAACUUUCAGAAAAUCAUUCAGAAAGCUCUACAUGAGACCCUUUGUCUUCAGAUGUACACUUCCCAGCUUGCUCGUCUUCGUGUUAACAUCUACAUUCAUGAUUUGUUGAACAAGUCUUUGACAUUUAGAUCUACAACUUCUCAAAUUCCUGUAGGAGGUCACUGCCCUCCUGAGAUGAGCCCUGAGUUCCAGCAGGAGAUGCAGAAGCUUAGAGACUGCAUUAGCGUGCUCUAUAUGUUUGUAAGGCAGCCACAACAGGACCAGGAGUUUGCAGACAGCCUUAACUCCUGGCUUCAUCAACUUGUGUCUGUCCUUCUUCGAGUGGCAUCUCUUGCAGACCUUGUAUUUAUUGUAAACCACAUCAUGAGAUGCCCACCCGGCUUUCCCAGUAAGGCAGCUCACUUUAUUCAGUUCCCCAUACCCCAUUACCAAGGAGACAGGGUGGCUGAACAAUAUUUCUGGGACAAUCCAUUGAUUCAUCACUUUGUUGCCAUGCUGGCUGGCAUUUUACACCCUGUAAGGGGCCGUGAAGAGUUCCUGCAAAAGUUGUUUAUCGGCAGGCAAGCUGCAUUUCGAAGUUUGAGCUGGACCUUGGUGGAUGAAGAUGGGGAGGAGGAUGAAGAUGUAGAGAGCAGCUGGAUGCUUUUUCAGGAGGGCGAUCUAGCCAGUGUGUUCAACCAAUUUCCAUUUGAUGCUGUCUUUAAACACCUUCUCAAGAUGGACCCUAACCUUGAUGAUGACAGUCUAUCUGAGAAUCUGUACAUGGUAGAGAGUAGCACAAGCCGCGACAUCAUGCGCAUGCUAGCGUUCGCCUCCUGCAUCGUGCACAUAAUGGGACAGGCCUUCAUAACCUAUCAGAAAGUCCGGUACAGAGCUUUCAUCAAACGCGUCGGUAGGACCAUCAGACAAGUGGUGCAGUAUGUUCUUGAUCAUUGGUCAAACUACCGUAGCUGGCGGCUUAAUGUUUGUGGUGACACACAAGUAUCCCUCCCUCAGAUCUACCCCCUUGACCAACAGCUGAGCAUCCAGAGACUGCAGGUGGAGGUGGACCAGUUCUUUAUGAGGGCAGCACAGCAGAUAAUCAAUGCACACAGACUGGGUGCAUGGCAGUUCCUUGCCGACAUGCCUUUCAACAGUGUUUCUUCACAUGCCCUGUGGAGACUCUUUUGGGCUUUGCACAAAGAUAUCUCCAAUGUGCCUUCCCUUUUACUGGAAAGUGGUAGAACGAAACCGGAAAUGCAAGAAUGGAGAACGAUGCUCCAAGAGCAUUAUGGCGAGUUCACGGAUCAGCUGACCAAGAUGUCUCAGUCAGAAGCCGUGUUUCUCCUUACUACCUUCACGAACAUGGCCACCUCCCGGGAGGCACAUGAUCGGGACUUCAUCGAGGCUGUCACCUUAGAGGUCUACGAGGUGUCUUUUAUUACAAACCAAACACGAGAUUUCAGUUCCAAGACUGGGCGUGACCUGUUGGGUACCCUGUGCGGCUUCCAUCCUUUCAUCAUUUCUGUGUUACUCAGAAAAGUGUCUGAAACGAUAGAAACAGUUGGCAAGGUGUGCGUGUACAUGUUCAGUGGCCUACCUGUCCAUGUAUGGCAUCCUUGCUCGUCAGACAUGGAUCUCAUCCGCAGUUGGCUUCUCAAGACUGACCUCACCUCCCCUCAGCACCAGCUUGCAAGAUACGUGCUCAAAAACAUGAACUGGGGCUGUGACGAGUCCGGUGAAAGCAGUCAGCUCUUCCUGGAUCGUUCAUGGCAUCGUGCCGUAUCCGUCAUGCUUGUAGAGGUAUCAGCUCUCAGACUACCCCUCAGGCCCGGGGGUAUUGCGCACGAGAACUUUGCUGCCGAUGCCAGCUUCCUACAGCAGGUGACUCAGAUCGCGACGUCCUCAUACAAUCGACUCAUGCAGCAAAACCAUGAACAGACCCUGUACGACUGGUUAUGGGAAGUGGCCCUCCAGCUCAGACUCCACGAGACCGACCUACCCGCGCCCGUCAUGGGCUUUAGACAGCAGACACACCCCAUUGAUAGGACACUAGAAGAUCAAAGCGCUGACGCCGGGUUUGCUGGUCUGACGCGAAUGUUGUCAUGUGACGAGCCCAUGGACUUGUUCUCUGAGCACUCUCUAGUGAAUGUUGUGAAUGGGGUUAAAGCCAAAGGACCUCUAGCGAGCUAUGUUGCCCUGUCGAUGACCACUAUUGGGGCUAGCCCUGAUCUGUUUGUGACCGAGGGUUUGGAAUACCUUGGGGUUUUGAUUAACGAAAGAUGCUUUGGCGCCGCCCUGCGACUUAUCGCCAACACGCUACCCAUGUUCCUACCCUUCCCUGACAAACUAGUCCAGGACUCACGGUUUACCCGCAUACUUCAUCGACUGUGUCAGCUGGAUGGAGAGAAUGCGGGCUACGCUGAGAAACUUUUGUUAUACCCAACCGCUGGGGAAUUCAGUGCAAGGAUUGCUGGCGUUAUUCAGUGUCAUGUGGACCACUGUCAUUUCCGUAGCUCGCCUAGCCCGCUUAGCGUGUUAGAACUGUGGAUGAAAGCCCUAUGUUCUCUUCCUAGCUGGUACAAGGACAGUUGCAUUCAGUACCUACUUGACUGCCUUAUGCGGGCUGGCCUACGCUUGAAGAAUGGCAUAGACGCAAUACAAACACAGCUUAUGGACGCGUACAAGGUCGUGCUGAAGUCUACAGGGGAGCAGAGCCUUCUAUCAUCCAUCAUGUCUCUAGUGACUUUCAGCCCAGCUGAACCGCCUCUACUCUGGGAAAUCAAGACACAGCCUGAUUACAGCUACUAUGCAUACUUUGUACUUGCCAUGGAGGAUCAACUGGAAGAGAAUGCUGGCCUUCGGGUAGAAAUCAGCAAAGCCCUGGCCAAGAAAGACAGCUGCACAGUCGACCAUGCACUUAAGAAAGUUACAAAGAAGUUGAAACUUCGCUGGAACCCACAGCCAUACCGGCUUAGUAUCUACCGGUGGGCAAACCAAGCCCUGGUGACUAGUGCAGACCACCCUGUGUUGCCACUCAUUUGGCAGAAGUUCUUCAAACUCUUCUUUGAGCGCCCUAAAGCAGAGCCAGGGCUGCCGCCGCGAGGAGGGGUUGGAUACAGAUUUUUUGACAGCCACGCAGACGUGUGUUUGUUGAAGAAGAUGAAGCAGCGCCUGCAUACAAUCGCCGAACAUCACAAAAGCAUCUCCUCUCAGACCAGGACAGACCAGGUCCAGAUAUCGGACGGCGACUCAGAGGUCGAUAAGCAGUUCGAAGAAACUAAGUUUUUUCAUGAGAAAGUGUCCAUGUUCUACCAAACGCUUGUGCUAUGGCUAGAUGAGCCACGUCUCCAUGAUCCAUCCCUAUUUCUGCCUACCCUACCACCUCCCUAUGACUACCAGCGACUUGAUGCACUACUUAAACCAGAACAGUCACCUUGGUGGGAGCUAGUUCAUACGAAUAAGAUGGACUAUGAAAUUCUUGAGUUGACUGGAAAAUGGUUGAAGCAUGCUCAUGGAGCCCACAGGCGUACCACAAGUUCCAUGACAAGGCAAUGGUCUAGUAGAUCAACAGAGACAGCUGCGUCUCGCAUUAUUCGUCGAAUGAAGACCAGUCAACAGCCUCUUCCUCCGCCACCUGUCGAGAUGCCAAAUGAGCCCCUACCACCCCUUCCUGACAGUGUGUUGAUGAACAAGCAACGUGUGAUGGGUACCGUGCAUGAGAGUCUGCAGACUCUUCUUAACCAUGCCAGGAAUGUUUGCCGAGAAGCUGACCGUCACAUCCUGCUCGACAGGGAUUACAUUCAACUUCUUCCGCGCAUGUACACUAACGACAUGACACAGGCUGUGAUAAGUGUCCCAUGUCGAAGCAAGUUCCGCUCUGGACAUCAGUGUAUUGGGCCUGCACAGAUCACUCUCCGGUAUCUGGCCAAACACGAUAAUGAGAUUGUCAUACGGCAAGUAUCCGACAACCGACAAGAAUACGAGACAAUGGUCAAAGGGUUUUUACAGCCAUGCCCCAUGGACGUGUGUACAGCAGCAGCAAACGUGGAGCGAAUAAUCACAUGCCUUGUCGAGAAAGUCGAAUCAAAUAAACAGCGCAAAAACAAAGAGAUCCUCUCUGAUAUUGGCACGAGCCUAUUCUACCAGCUAGCGAGCACUAUUGAUGGGAACUGCCUACGGUAUCAACCCACCCUGCAAUUCUUCUCGUCCUGUAUCGAAAUUCUGGGAAAGACGUUCAUCUUGCACACUGGCUCUCAGACGGAACAGCUCCUGUACGCCAUCUUAGAGCUCACGUCAAUCACCAUGCUUCUGGUGCCGUUCUUCUGCCCUAAUGAAUCUCCUGAUCGCUUUACCGCCAUGUACCACGAGGUGCUGGAGACUUCGGACAAGGACCUCGCCUUCUCGCUACUCAGUAAGUUCGAUCUGCAGCAGUGGUUGUCGUCCCCCGAGAAUUCGCUCAUUGAGAGGUCCAGCCUUGCCUCAGCUAUCAUUAAAUCUCUUCUCUCUUAUGGCUUUGAGCCUCAGCCCGGAACAAGGACAGUGCUAGAGGUGCAACUACGUCACAUGUCUCUCGUGCUCACCUACAACUUCCCCGAACAGUACAGCCAGAUGCUAAGGCUCAUAUGCGAUGGUUCAAGUUCAAGGAGCAUCUGUCUAGAGGUGUGGAACCUGUUCUUGGAUAAUAUUGGCUGCAUCCCUCAAGAUGGCUCAAAGGACCAAGGGCAUGGCCCCGCCCAGCCUCCCAUGCUGCCAGACCAACAGGUGGUUGAGACACUUGAAUGGCUUACACAGUACUUCGCUGGCCAGCGCGCUGAGCUAGGCGGUCACGUGACUGGCGGAAUCUAUACCAUGUGGCGGCCUUAUAUUAAACAGCUGUCCUAUCUCUUGGGCUUCCUGUGCCAGAGACUAGUAGUGACGUCAUCACAACGAUAUAGAGCGGGCGGGGAAGAACCUGAGAAAGCACUUCAAGACUUGUGGAGCAUCAUCUGCAGUGCUUUCGAGCCAUGGAUCAUGUCUCAAGACUCUCCUGUCCCCGGAAAUCCCCCUGUAGCGCCUUGGAAUGAGAGUGAGGUCCCGCAAGCGUCUGACAUGGUGACGCUGUUCACAGAUACCAUCAGUUGCUUACACACCCACUUCCCAAUCCCACAGAGCCAGUCAAGCCUGAUGAACCUAUUCUGGCCCUUCUUUGUGAAGUCUCUCGUUAAACCAGGUAUCCCAGACUACGUGCGUCGCGUAUUUCACUCCAAGUUUUUCUCGCUGCCCUGGGACCAGUUUCUCCCAACGCUGAACAACAUGCAGCUCAUGGCCAAGCUGCUAAUGACUGACCUGCCAACUGACAAGAAGUCCGCACCAGCUCCUGGGGCUGGCGCGAGAAAACAACCGCUUCACUCGUUCUGUGAAACAAGUUUCCAGUUCCUGAGUUGUGUUUUUCCGCUGAUGAAGUGGAGUGGUAUUAUAGCGGCUUACUGCGAGGGUCAUAGCCCGGAGACCGUAUCCCAGAUGCUCGGUACUCUUUUCCAUCUGCUUUUGAUGCUCGCCACUCAGAAAAAUGUGAUCGACGUCGAGGGAUCUACUCUGCCAGCGCUGCUAGAAGAGGCCCACUAUUACCCCUGGCACUUCAUCAAUGCAAGGUUCUACAGUGAAGUAGUCGCGUGGCUAGCAGACCAUGGUUCCGCGGAGGCACUGCUUCAGCUUAACUCCAGCAUAUGGCACGCGAUCAGGCUCGCUCGAGCAGCCGCUGGCAUCAUCGUUACGCCCGAUGGUUCGAUGCAACCCACGCAGCCUGACACAGUUCCGAAGCGUGAAGCUUACGUCAAGUGUAUCGUCAGCCUUCUGGUCCGGUGCUCAUCCAAUCAGAAGCUUCCUGCCAACCUAUACCCACCCAUUAUAGAGUUCAUACUACGGGACGUCGAGUGUAUUGCUGGAUCCGGCGUUGACCCAGCAAACACGGCCUCCGAGGUGUGUCUAAUGCUGUCAGAGACACUAAACCUCCUUAACAACUGCUUCCCUGGGGUCGGAGUAGCUGAUGAGGUUUUGAAGUUCAUCGUAAGCUACUUGAAGGACACCUCGUGUACCAUGGUCAUCCUAGCCUCCAUCCCAGCCGCCUGCCGCGCACUCGCCAACCUUGCUUUCAUGGUCACCGUGCUGGAGACUGGGAUCGCCGAGUUUCUCGCGAGGCAGUCUAAGAGUACUGGUUCCGAGCAUGACGGAGGCUGGGAACAAAUUGCGCCGAGUUUCUCGGUGCCCGAGCUUGCACAGGACUCAUUUAUAGAGGAGUGUAUUCACCAGUCUGCCUUGCUCACUCUGUACACGUACGUGCUGCUGCGUCUGUCUCAAUGCACAAGCCCCAAGCAGGAGAUGACCGUCUUAGCAGAUAUCGUCAGCUGGUGCUCACGCAUGAAGAUCAGGCGUCAGUUUGAGGACAGAGCGCCAUUAUUUUGGCACAAGAUACUGCAACUUGCCCUGCGGCAGGCGGACUACUCGGGAGAGCCACUCAACAACGUUGCCAGGCAACUUUCAUUCCUGAUUACUACCCUGCAUCAGUUAGGAGAGGAUAAAGACUCAUCAGGUCUCCUGGGAGCCAUUGGCUUCGGCAAGAAAUCUUCUUACAGCAUUAGGUUCCGAUUCUUGUCUCGCGUGCUUGAGGCCUUCAUCUUGGCGCAGCUUCCUUCCAAUCUGCUUCUUCGGUUGGAGCCAAAGGCACCUGGAUACGUGCGCGAGCCGGUAAAGAGCAAGCAAAAAAAUGAGAGCGGACGGACCAUUACUUCUACUGCGGAAGCUGAAAGCGCGCUUGCGGCGCUGGAAGCGCUUCGUAGCAACAAGCAUUACUCCCAGCUUGUCUCUCACAUCACGGAAAUGCACAGCUUUAUCGCGAACCCUCUUCACUCUCUGCGAGACGGACCGGCCAUGGUAGCAAGACUCGCCACCGAUCUGUACCCAGAACAGCCAGCUCUUCGAAUCAUGAAAUAGAUCGUAGUGAAGUUAUGAAAUAGAAAAUCAUAUCAAAUGCGAGUGACAAGAACAUUGGAGUGAGGCUCCGCCAGCCGAAACGUGGCACGAACAAGAGAGCGAGAUGGAGGCGUGGAUGCUAGGCCGUGCUUCAAGUGCAGUAUUCCCGAUUGCCAGGUUAUAUAAAGAAAUCGUUUUCUAUAAACAUUUGAAAUAUAUGUCUAAUCCAAGUAGGUAAUGUGAAUAGAAAAUUCGAAUUUCAUUUUUUAUAAAACGAUACAGAUUUGUGAAUAAAUCUUCACAUAUUGUU